UGCUGCGCAUUGUACAGGUGGUGGAGAUUGGAUGCUGAUGGGGGACAAAAAAGAUACCUGGAAAGUAAAAACUCUUGAUGAAAUCCUGUUGGAGAAAAAACGCAGACGUGAGUUAGAAGAGAAAACCGAUAAUAAGCGUCAGAAAAAUUUCUCACAGGGCCUUGUUUCACAGUCGAAUGAUCGGGAAGCCAAACGAGACACUCCGGAGGAAGGAGAACUACGCGAUCAAAGAAUGGAAAUAACAAUUCGUAAUUCCCCAUACACAAGGGAAGAUUCAACCGAAGACAGAGGAGAGGAGGAUGAAUCACUAGCCAUUAAACCUCCACAGCAGGUAGCAAGAAAGGACAAAUCUCACCACAGAAAAGAGGAGAAAAGAAAAGACAAAAGACGUCGCCGCAGUCAUUCCACCGAAGGCGGGGGAAAGCAUGCACGAGUCAAAGAUAAAGAGCGGGACAGCGAUCGGAGGAAGCGUAGAUGGGAAGAAGACAACGCACGGCGAAACUGGGAAAGGCAGAAACGAAGGGAAGAGGCCAGGGCUCAUUCACGCAGAGAGAGGGUGACAUCUGAACAGAUGUUUAGUGGGAUUUUAUUUCCUGACAAAAGGGAUCGGCUGGAGCAGCUGGAACGCCAGCGGGAACGAGACCGAAAGCUUCGCGAACAACAAAAAGAGCAACAGGACUUCAAGGACUGGGAGAGAAGGUCUGACGAUCGACGCGCAGAAAGAGGAACUCGGCGAGAAAUGCCGUCUCACCAUCGAAUGCUACCAGACGAGUAUGAUGACAAGCAGAAACAGAGUCAUCACAGUCGCAGUCCCAUUCAUCACCCCCGGGACAGAUCUGAGCAGAGCGAGACACGAAAAACUGCAACAUCUAAAGAGGAUAGGCCAGAUAUAAAAGACCUGCUUGCAGACCUCCAAGAUAUAAGUGAUGCUGAAAGGAAGACCAGCACUGCUGAAUCUUCUAUAGCAUCAGGGUCAGGCUCUGAAGAAGAGGAUGAUGAAGAUGAAGGAGAAGAGUCCAGCAGCCAGAGUGAGGCUGAGGGGGAAGAAGAGGAAGAGUCUGUUUCAGGUUCUGGGCACUCUGAGCAUAGUGCAGAGGACGUGAGCGAGGAAGAGCAAUCCGAGGAAGAAGAGGAGAGGGAAAAUGGAAACCACAUACCUGCAGUGCCAGAAUCUCGUUUUGACCACAACUCAGAGGAAAGUGGAGAGGACAUGGAGGAUGAGGAGGAGGAGGAGGAGGAAGAAGAAGAGGAAGACGAGGAGGACGAGGAAGAAGGUGGAGAGGAUGAUCCCACCCCUCACUCUCAAACUCAUUCACGGUCCCCCACCCCAGAAGGGAACUACAUCCCAGAGUCCCCCCCGGUUUCACCUGUGGAGCUGAAAAAGGAGCUGCCCAAAUAUCUGCCUGCCUUACAGGGUUGCCGUAGUGUCGAAGAGUUUCAAUGUCUGAACCGAAUAGAGGAGGGAACUUACGGCGUGGUGUACAGAGCUAAGGACAAGAAGACCGAUGAGAUUGUUGCUCUGAAAAGACUAAAAAUGGAGAAAGAGAAGGAAGGCUUUCCCAUWACAUCUUUAAGAGAAAUUAAUACAAUUCUGAAAGCUCAGCAUCCAAACAUCGUCACAGUGAGGGAAAUUGUUGUCGGAAGUAAUAUGGACAAGAUCUACAUUGUGAUGAAUUAUGUGGAACAUGACCUGAAGAGCCUGAUGGAAACCAUGAAGCAGCCCUUCCUUCCAGGGGAAGUAAAAACUCUUAUGAUUCAGCUUCUCCGAGGCGUUCGACAUCUCCACGACAACUGGAUACUUCAUCGGGAUUUGAAGACGUCCAAUUUACUGUUGAGUCAUAAAGGCAUCCUCAAGAUUGGGGACUUCGGCCUGGCUCGAGAGUACGGCUCCCCUCUGAAGCCGUACACCCCCGUCGUGGUGACUCUGUGGUACCGAUCACCAGAGCUGCUGCUCGGAGCCAAGGAGUACUCCACAGCUGUGGACAUGUGGUCAGUGGGCUGCAUAUUUGGCGAGCUCCUCACCCAGAAACCUCUUUUCCCUGGAAAAUCUGAAAUUGACCAAAUUAACAAGAUUUUCAAGGAUCUGGGCUCAGCAAAUGAGAAGAUCUGGCCCGGCUACAAUGAACUGCCCGCUGUGAAGAAGAUGACCUUCACAGAGUAUCCCUACAACAACCUGCGGAAGCGCUUUGGAGCGCUGCUGUCCAACCAAGGCUUUGACCUCAUGAACAAAUUCCUCACCUACUGCCCCAGUAAGAGGAUUUCGGCAGAUGAUGCGCUGAAGCACGAGUACUUCAGAGAAACACCCCUCCCCAUCGACCCAUCCAUGUUCCCCACCUGGCCUGCCAAGAGUGAGCAGCAGAGGGUGAAGAGAGGCACCAGUCCUCGUCCACCCGAGGGAGGCCUGGGCUACAAAAACCUGGGCGACGAUGACCUGAAAGACACGGGCUUCCACCUGACAACCAGUAACCAGGGAGCGUCUGCAGUCGGACCGGGAUUCAGCCUCAAGUUCUGAGCCUGAAACUGCAGGAUGUUUUGCCGUCUACCAGACAGGAAUGAAGCAAAGAGUUCUGGGACUUGUUUGAAGCCAGACGUUUUGCAGCUCAAGGCCAAGUCGGCAUCUGAUUGAUCAGCWGUUAUCAGACACCUGGGACUAACAUUAAGACUCGUGGCUUUUAAACGUGUCGAAUUUCAACAGCGUCUCUGUUAUUCUCCAGCAAAUCCACCAUUACAGAAGUGACAGUUUUAGCUCCCCGAGAGGAGGCGACCCUCUUAAAAACGUAGCUUUGUUUGACUUUCUUUCAUUGGUAUUUCCUGGCUACCCGAGCUACUGUAUAAUUACUGCAGCCUUUGCUGUAUGUUCCAUUCAGCGUUGUGUUGAAAAUUUACCGGGGAAUGUCAGCUGACAGGUUGGCAAUGUUUUUGUAAGAAAUAAAGUUUGAAAAAUUG